UGUCUCUUUGCUUCUCUAUAAAACUCAGUCAAUUUCGUCAUAUCAUUCCCAUGCUAUCUCCUUUCAUCAGCCCCUCUCUCUCUCUCUCUCUCAAAAGACAAUUAACAUGGUACAAUCAAAGAAGUUCAGAGGUGUCAGGCAGCGCCACUGGGGCUCUUGGGUAUCCGAAAUUCGGCAUCCAUUGUUGAAGAGAAGGGUAUGGCUAGGAACAUUCGACACAGCUGAAGAGGCAGCCAGGGCCUAUGAUCAAGCCGCCAUCUUGAUGAACGGCCGGAACGCGAAAACCAACUUCCCGGUGCUACAAAAUUCAGAAGGAGAUCCAGAAACAGCUGCCAAUAAGGACUCUUCCGGCCUUUCAUCCACAGCCCUCUCUGAGAUCCUCCGGGCCAAGCUCCAGAAGAGCAGCAAGACACCUUCCCCUUCCCUCACUUGCCUGCGGCUCGACACCGAGAAUUCCCACAUCGGCGUGUGGCAGAAGCGAGCUGGUGCAAGCUCCGACUCAAACUGGGUUAUGACUGUUGAGUUUGAGAAGAAGAAUGGCAAUGGCUAUGGCGCAGGGGGAGAGUCCACCACCUCGUCCAACUGCCUGCCAUUGGCAAGGCCAAGCAUGAGGGCGGAGAUGGAUGAAGAGGAGAGAAUUGCACUCCAAAUGAUUGAAGAGCUUCUUCAGAAAAAUGAUCCUUAUACCCUUUGAUAAGAAGGUUUGGGAUUAAUUAAGGAGACUAUAUCUAUCUAUCUAUCUAUCUAUUUAUCUAUCUUGGUUUGUUAAUUAGUCUGUAUGAUCGAUGAUGAUGAUCUCCUAAUUAGGGUAUUUAGUUAUUAUUAAGUUUGGGCUUGGAAAAUUGUAGAAAUGAAGAUCGAUCAAUUGGCAAUAAUAUGUGUAUCAAAUACAAGGGAAUUGCAAGUAGUAGCCAGCAUUUUGAUGUAAUGAUCAAAUACAGGAGGUAAUUAAAUAAUGAAUUACAUGUAUAUUUCAAGUGAA